UUCUUAACUGACUUGCCUAGUUAAAUAAAGGUUAAAUAAAAUUCAACAAGGUAAUAAUUAAGGCAAUGACAACAUGGUUAUGAGGCUUAGGAUACAGCUAGGAAGUUGUGUUACUACUGGUAUACAAUGUUAUAUCUAUGCUGAUUAUGCAUGUUCUAUGAAUUGUAUUUCUAUUGUAGUGACCUUUAAUCCCAACACCUAGCAACCUUGUCAAGAGCUUUGGAUCUCUUGGUGUAACAGCUAAGGUGUUGGGUUGACAGACGCUGGACCUGGGUUCGAGUCCUUGUCAGGAAUGCCCCCUGAGUUAGCUAUACUAUAACCCACCCCUCCUCUCUCUCCUCUCAGAUCUAAACUUAGAGGACCAUGGGAGGUGUGGUGGUGGACGAGGGACCUGGGGGGGUGAAGGCACCAGACGGGGGGUGGGGCUGGGCUGUGCUGUCCGGCUGUUUCGUCAUCACUGGGUUCUCCUACGCCUUCCCCAAGGCUGUCAGCGUGUUCUUCAAGGAACUGAUCAGAGAGUUCGAAGUGGGGUAUAGCGACACAGCAUGGAUCUCAUCUAUACUGCUGGCUAUGCUCUACGGCACAGGUCCUCUGUGCAGUGUGUUGGUGAAUCGUUACGGGUGUCGUCCGGUGAUGAUGGUGGGGGGACUUUUUGCCUCUCUGGGGAUGAUUCUGUCUUCCUUCUCCACCAGCAUCAUCCACAUCUACCUGUCUACUGGAGUCAUUACAGGUCUGGGCCUGGCGUUGAACUUCCAGCCAUCUCUGAUCAUGCUGAAUCGCUACUUCAGUGAGAAGAGGCCCCUGGCUAACGGCCUGGCUGCUGCUGGGAGCCCUGUGGCCCUCUGCUGCUUAUCACCUCUGGGACAGCUGUUGCAGUACCAGUACGGUUGGAGAGGAGGCUUCCUCAUCCUGGGGGGUCUACUGCUCAACUGCUGCGCUUGCGCAGCCCUCAUGAGGCCCCUAGUGGCCCCUCCUAAAAGCACCCAGCUGGAACUGGAAGAUGUAGAGAAGGAGGGAAAAGAGUUGGAGGUAGAGAAGACCCCGUCCAAACGCAAACCGCUCCUGGACUUCAGUGUGUUUAAGGAUAGGGGUUUCCUGAUCUACACCAUAGCUGCGUCUAUUAUGGUUCUGGGUCUGUUUGUGCCGCCGGUGUUCGUGGUGAGCUAUGCCAAAGAGCUGGGCAACGAAGACACUAAGUCGGCCCUCCUCCUAACCAUCCUAGGCUUCAUAGAUAUCUUCGCCCGGCCCACCUGUGGCAUCAUCGCUGGGCUGAAGUGGGUCAGGCCCAGAGUUGUUUACCUGUUCAGCUUCGCCAUGAUCUUCAACGGAUGCACUGACCUGGUGGGAUCUCAGGCGAAGGACUACCCGUCUCUGGUGGUGUUCUGUGUGUUCUUCGGGAUCUCCUACGGCAUGGUCGGGGCGCUACAGUUUGAGGUUCUCAUGGCGAUCGUUGGCACGGAGAAAUUCUCCAGCGCUAUAGGACUGGUGUUGCUCAUGGAAGCUAUUGCUGUGCUGGUGGGACCACCUGGAGCAGGUCGACUGCUGGACGCCACUAAGAACUACAUGUACGUGUUCCUGCUGGCAGGAAUUGAGGUGGUUCUCGCUGCCGUGGUCCUAGCCACGUGUAACUUCCUGUUCAUCAGGAAGAAGCCCGCGGAACCCGCCGCGGAACUGGAGAACGGAACGGUUUCUGCGGAAAUGGAGCUUCUCAACAAGCCUGUUGCCGCUGAGGAAGAGGAGGAAGUAGAGAAGGGGGAGAAAGAGGUGAAGGAGAUGGAGGAGGAGAAGGAGAAAGAGGAGGUGAAGGAGAUGAAGGAGAAAGAGGAGAAGGAGAAAGAGGAGGUGAAGGAGAUGGAGGAAGCGGUUGAGAAAGCGAAGGAGGACGAGGAGGACAGUGAGAAAAAGAAGGAGGAAGAGAAAGAGAAGGAGAUCAGGCCUGAGAGUGUAAUGGGGGUCUCAGAAGAAGUGGAGCGCUUCCUUAAAGAACCAGAAGAACAAAAUGGCGCCGUGCUCUCCAGUUCUGAGACACGUCUGUAGGAGGAAGAGAACCUGGUACAGGACAAACUACAGACUUUACACUUAAACACUGACAAGGGCACUUUAAAGGGCACUAAGAAAUGUACUCCACAGUGUACUUUGAAGGGCACUAAAACGUGUACUUAGAAGUGGGCCAAGAAAGUGCUUAGAGAAGCAUACUGGGGAAGACAGAGCUAGUCCUAGCAGUAUCCUCCUGUAUGUAGUUGAGGUGUUGUGUUGUGUAGCUGUUCUCUGUGGGGCUGUGUGCCAUAUCAACAACAAUAACACACACAAUCAUAAAGUGAAAGUGAUAAAUGUCAAGUGAAUAACCGUGUUAAUAGUGUUGUACACUGCCAUGUGAAUUGUGAAGCUACCAGUGUGUAGUGCUGCAGGGCGAUAUGGUAUACACCAUGUUGUUGUCUGUAAUAAUAUGGAAUAAAUACCAUCCUUCCUACCACUGUUACUCUGGAGCACAACAUUAGAAGUGUUCCGGAACUUUAACCAAACCCAGUGUGGAACAUUCCGCUGUCAUUCAACAUUCCGUUGAGUGGCAGAAUGAGGAAUGAAUGGAUACCUGGGUAUUGUCAGAUGCAUAUCAUUUCACUCAGAGCUUUGACACAGACGUUUAAAGGUAUCGUGAUGUUGAACGGUUGAAUUUCACUCUGUAACCUUUAUUAGACUAGGACACACAGAGAGGGAGGCCAAUGAGAACACCAGACUAGUAUCCCAUGUUACAUUCCUAAUGGCACCCAGAGAGAGAUAGCCUGCUUCUGUUUGUUUCAGUGUCAUAACAUUAACUAUGAUGGCAGAAAUAGGUCACACUGUUUCUAGAGUUCACAGUUUAAUCUGUAGAUGCAGCGUUUGAGUCCCAAAUGGAACUCUUCUCCCUAUAUAGUGCACUGCAUUUUACCAGGGCCCAUAGGGCUCUGGUCAAAACUAGGGCACUAUAUAGGGAAUAGGGUUCCAUUUGGAACAGACAUUAUUAGGUCUGGCAGAACUAGCUGACAGAAACCAGUCCAGAGAAACCAAUGACCUCCCAUGCAGAUCUAAAACACAGAACUUAAAAAAUGUAAUGAUACUUUUAUUAUGUCAGUAUUUGUUAAGGAAGGCUAAUAGCCUCUCCAUUUCAUGAUAAGUUGUAUUUAUGUACUUCCUUGUUCACUGCGUGUGUUCUGUUUUCUAAAGAUAACUUGCAGUGAGACUCUGUGCUACAUGUUAACUGAUAAAGACCAUGUUACGUAGCGGUGUGGCUAUUAUUUUACCUUAGUGCAUCCCACACGGCACCAUAUUCCCUAUAUAGUGCACUAUUGGCCCUGGGCAAAACUUUUUUAAAUGUAUUUAAUCUUUAUUUAACUAGGCUAGUCAGUUAAGAACAAAUUCUUAUUUACAAUGAUGGCCCAAACCCGGAUGAUGCUGGGCCAAUUGUGCACCGCUUUAUGGGACUCCCAAUCACGGCCGGUUGUGAUACAGCCUGGAACCGAACCAGGGUCUGUAGUGACGCCUCUUGCACUGUGAUGCAGUGCCUUAGACCGCUGCGCCACUCAGGAGCCCCCGAAAGUAAUAGGGACUAGGGUCCCACUAGGGUGCAUAGUCACUUUAACUCUACCUACAUGUACAUAUUACCUCAAUUACCUCGACUAACCUGUGCCCCCGCACAUUGACUCUGUACCGGUACCCCCUGUAUACAGCCUCCACAUUGACUCUGUACCGAUACCCUCUGUAUAUAGCCUCGCUACUGUUAUUUAUUAUUGCUCUUUAAUUAUUUGUUAUUUUUCUAUUUUCUUCAAUUUUUUAUUUAUGAAUUUUUUACUUCAGUUUAUUUUAGUAAAUACUUUCUUCACACUUAUUUUUCUUAAAACUGUAUUAUUGGUUAAGGGCUUGUAAGUAAGCAUUUCACUGUAAGAUCUACUACACCUGUUGUGUUUGAAGUAUGUGACAAAUAAAAUUUGAUUUGAUUUGGGAUGCAUCCCUUGUUUAUCUGUUGGGAGCUAUACAAUGAAACUAAACACCUCAAAGAGUUGAUGGAUCUAACACCUCAACGAGUUGAUGGAUCUAACACCUCAACGAGUUGAUGGAACUAAACACCUCAAAGAGUUGAUGGACCUAAACACCUCAACGAGUUGAUGGAACUAAACACCUCAACGAGUUGAUGGAACUAAACACCUCAACGAGUUGAUGGAACUAAAAACCUCAACGAGUUGAUGGAACUAAACACCUCAACGAGUUGAUGGAACUAAACACCUCAACGAGUUGAUGGAGAUAAACACCUCAACGAGUUGAUGGAACUAAACACCUCAACGAGUUGAUGGAACUAAACACCUCAACGAGUUGAUGGAACUAAACACCUCAACGAGUUGAUGGAACUAAACACCUCAACGAGUUGAUGGAACUAAACACCUCAACGAGUUGAUGGAACUAAACACCUCAACGAGUUGAUGGACCUAAACACCUCAACGAGUUGGAACUGAAAAUACCACAUAAACAACAAGGCAGAAUUUAAAGUCCAGGUUUAUUGUUCUUGUCAGUGGCUCAGUAUAGAUGAUAUGUUUAUAAUCUUAUUCAAGUUUAGAUCCUGACUAUUUAAUUGGAGUCAGUUCUGAUUAUUUUGUUAUUUGGCACUUCGGUCACGUCAGAUAGUAGAUGAGACAUGAAGACUUACAGUACCUUAGAAUAUUUCCCAAACUCAUUUUGGUUAUCAGAGCACUUCCAAGCACGACUCUGUGGAACCAUGUGUUAUUUAUGUCAUACUUGUUCUGAGGAUACACCUUGACUGUGUGGAACCAUGUGUUAUUUAUGUCAUACUUGUUCUGAGUAUACACCUUGACUGUGUGGAACCAUGUGUUAUUUAUGUCAUACUUGUUCUGAGGAUACACCUUGACUGUGUGGAACCAUGUGUGUUUCUGUCAUACUUGUUCUGAGUGAUGAAUAAUGACUGAAUAAACGGCCAUGUUCUAGUU